CUCAGGGAUCACCCCUUUUCUUUAUCGAUAAUAAAACCGAAUAAUAUGGCUGUAGAAUGCCCUUGAAUAAAACAAAAAGAAAAAGUCAAAAAGUGUCGCCGUCAGACAACAGACAAUGGCUGUAUGGACUAAGCUCCCUUCGCUUUUUCUUUAUGGAAUAAAUCUACUAAAAAAUGUCACUGUCAGUCGCACGUCAUAUUCUUGCUCUUCUUUGUAGUGUCAGUUUUAGUCAUCGGUGAAAUUUUUAAAAGAGGUAUGAUCGAGGUAGGACUAGAAAAUUCGUUUCUUUACCUCAGCUUUAUUAAACUUUAUUUAAAAAUUUAAGUAUUUGUUACAGGUUUCUAAUAUUCUUAUUUAUUUUUAAUCAAGUCUUGUAUUGGUUCUAUAUUAUAAAGUGUUAUUCGACGUCCAAAAGGUAUAAACGGAUAUUUUAUUUUUAUUUUUCCUGAUUAACUAUUUUUACCAACGAUUUUUACCCUCAUUGAAUAAUUAUAAUUUGCAUUUGUGCUAUUAUGACGAUCUGCUCUUUCACUGAUAUUAUCAUUAUCCAAAAUUAAGUAAGACUGCGUUAUCUGUUAAUUAUCAGUCUUAUUAAUAUUAUACCUAAUCAAUUUUGUGUUUACAGAGCUUCACUAUGUUUCCUCGCUCUUGUGAUACCUUUGUCGUUCUACCUCCAUUAACAAAGAACAGCAGGGUUAUAUUUGGAAAAAAUUCAGAUCGUCCUCAAAAUGAAGUGCAAGAAUUAGUGUUAAUUAAAGGUGGCCCAAGGGAAUCGAAGCUUAAGUGUACUUACAUAACCUUAGAUGAAAGUUCAAAACCUAUCAAUUCAGUGAUAUUGAGCAAGCCAGCAUGGAUGUGGGGUGCAGAAAUGGGUGCAAAUGAUAAAAAUGUUGCUAUUGGAAAUGAAGCUGUUUGGACUAAUAAUAAUGAAGGAGAUGGUGAUGCAAGACAGAGGCGGCUUUUAGGAAUGGACUUAGUUAGAUUAGGCCUGGAAAGAGGGAAUACAGCUGAAGAAGCAUUAAAUAUAAUAACAACUCUUCUAGAAAAGUAUGGCCAGGGUGGACCAUGCUCAGAACUUGAUGACAGUCAUUUCUACCACAACUCCUUCUUGAUAGCUGAUCCGAAGGAGGCUUGGGUCUUAGAGACCAGCGGGAAAUUGUGGGCGGCUGAAAAAAUCGAAUCGGGUUUCAGAAAUAUAUCUAAUGGACUGACGAUAAGAACGAAAAUAGAUAAACACUCGGAUAAUUUGCAAGCGAAAGCUAAGAAAAUGGGCCUGUGGAAUGGUGAAGGGGAAUUUGAUUUCACCAAAUGUUUUUCUUCUGGCGGUGAUGAAGUACGACAAGAAGAAGGCAGGAAAUUAUUAGAACUCGCAACAGCUACCAGCAAUUUCGACGUCAAAGACAUGUUCAAUAUAUUGAGACACAAAGAGAGUCGCAUUUGCCGCGGUUGUGAUGAUACGUUUCCAACUCAAGGCAGUCAGGUGUCGUGUUUGACAAAUGCAGCUGUAAAUGUCCACUGGUUCACAGCAACACCCGAUCCGAGUGUAUCCUACUUCAAACCUUUCAUCUUCACAUCGAACCCUAAAAUAUCUCCUUACACCAUAAGCAGUACUGAAGAUGCGAAGAGAGAGCAUCAUCUGUACAAACUUCACUCUGAGCACGUUUUGAAAUCUGGCAACACGAAGAUAUCGAAAGUUUUACAUGACAUGGAAAAUGGAUGUAUCGCCGAGAUUGAAGAGUUCGUGAGCAAAUACGAAAAUGGUCAGAGUUCACUCGAUGAACUUGAUGAUUUGAUGAAAAACUGUGUUGAGACCGAAGUCAAACUUUAUGGCUAAGUUUUGACUUUAAUGCCUGCUACAGACAUUUUCAAUAAGCUCAUCUUGAUAUUUAAAAUCGUUUAGUUGAAUCCCAAAUCCAGAUUUUUAAAAACAAAUUGACAUAAAUAACGUUAGCUAAUGCAAUGAAGACAAUUCUAAGUUUAUGCUUAAUAGCAGCAAGAUAUAUUUAACAAAUACAUAAAACAUAAAUGAAGAUAUGCUUUGCAGAAGUAAUGAAUAAGUAGAUGAUACAAUUCUAAUAUAUAUUAUUUUUAGUAAUUUGACUGAAUGUCGUUUAUAAUUAUAUAUUUACCAUCUUUAACUAGGUUAAAACAAAUCUAUGUGUGUGUGUUUUCUUUCUUUCUUAAAGUAGUCACGUUAGGUCACUACAAAACGCCAGAUUUCCUUAAUGCUGAUAGUUAAUUUCCAAAUUUCGUGUCUGCUAAAAUUUGAAAGUAAAUAAGCUGUAUAAAAUGUAUGUACGUCAAGACAAAUUGAAGCCAUUAUAUACAGCACGUAAACCUGACUACAAAUAUGACAAAGCUGCAAGCAUUUGAUCUCCAAUUUCAACGUAUUAAGAAUUAUAAUUGAUUCAAGAAAUUUAUCAAUUUUUAAAACUUAAUGUACUUUGACUAUAUCUAUCUACUAUAAUUAUAAUCUACUUUAUAUUUCUUAAAAAUAUUCAGUCACAAAAAAGCUUGUUUAACAUUUUGUUGUUUAUAAUCGUUUCCAUCUAAUUCUUCCGUGACAUAAUGUAAGUUAUCCUAUUUAUUAUGAAUUAAAUUUACUGCAUCAGGUACACGAUACUCUGAAGUAUAAUUAAGCUGUUUAAAUUUUAUUGAAUAAAGACACGAUUUCCAAAUACUGAUUGGUAUUACACAUAUUUUUUAUUUUAUUUGUUAAAGUUAAUUGUUUUUUUUUUCUUCAUUAACUGAGAUACUAACAAUGUAAUGAUUACACCAAUCAGCUUCAAACUAAUAUCGCAAGAACGGAGUUGUCACAACAUUGAAAAUUAUAUAAAGUGUGCAAGUUACUCAAGUGAGAUUGUGUGUAGUUAAAUUAUUAAGUACAGAGCUGAUCGUAGUGUCUAAUACUCUAAAGAAUACUAGUUUUGUAUGUAUUAAAUAAUUUAAAUAUAUUCGAGCGAAGUUUGAUAGAUUAAUUUGUGUGUGAUAUAAUUUUGUUGAGAAUUUAUAGGUUCACAAUGAGCUUUGCAAUAUUUUUGAUUUGAUAGUAUCUAUUUUUUUCAUACUAAUAUUUACACUAUUUAUAUACGUUUGUUUAAUAAAUCGGUUAGCUACAUCAUUUAUGUGCUAUAUGUAACUGUAACAUUUUAUAGAAAUAUAAUAUUUCUAGAAAUAACUGAUGUAAGUGCCUAUUACACAUAUGCUCUAGAAAUAUGAAUACCUAUAAUUUAUUUAUAUUGCGUGCCUUACAUUUUUCUUCUUAAUUUUUUUUUUUUGUAUUAGUUUAAACUAUUUAACUACUUAGUUUAAUUACAGUAAUCACGAAUAUUGUGCCAUUUUUGUAGCAGUUGCUAGCAAUGCAGCUUGAAUUUGUAGAUAUCUAAAUGAAAAAUUAUCACAAUGUAUAUUAGCGUCUCACUUGCAUUAUUUCGCACAUAUUUUAUCUGUCAUAAAUUCACAGUAAUCACUCGUUGCUUUGAACAUGUUUAUUUUCAACAUGAAUCACCGAUGAGUUAAAGCGGCCACGAAUUUUAUGUGAAACUAUGGUUAGCAAAAACGGUGGCUCUUGCAAUGUAGCUAAUUAACUACAAUAUUUUAUUAAAUAGCUAGGUACCAAAUAUUAAAGUUUGACUCUUAUUAGUAUAAAAUUGGUGUCUCAUACCAUGAAUGAAUAAACCUAAUUCAUACGUUAUAAACGUAUGAAUUAGGUUUAUUUACGUGGCGAAGUGUUAUUUAUUAAAUGUAUUUUUAAUGAAAUUAUUUUUGAUGUUAUAUCAAAUAAAAUAGCU